AAGAAAGCACCGUUUUGCAGCGGCCGAGGGAUGCAAGUUGUUUCACGGAUUUUUUAAAUGUUAUGAAUGCCGCAACAGCCUCCUCUGAAGAUUCAAGCAAGAGUGAAGAAGAGCAGGAAAAGUGUAAAAAUUUUGAAGAAAGUAUAGAAUCAAUGAACCCAAUGGAUUUUAAAAAUCACUUCAGAUUACGACGAAGUACAGCGGAAGACCUUAUCUUGCGCUUCUCAGAAUCGGAGAAUUUGUCGGAUACAGAUUGUGGUGGUAUUAAACAUGUAAGCUGCAGAAGGUCUGUCUAUAUAUAUCUUUGGUACGUUGGUAAUACAGUAACUUAUAGACAAUUAGGAAAUCUCUUUGGAGUGUCAGUUUCUACAGCAUGGUCAACAGUAAAAACUGUUGCUACGUUUUUGAUUUCCAUAGGCCGAGAUUAUGUAUCAUGGCCACGAGGUGUCGCUGCAUUAGAUAUAAUAAAUACAUUUGAACGUAAACACAAAAUACCAGGCAUUAUCGGAGCAAUCGAUUGUACACACAUUCCCAUUAAAAAACCACAAAACCAUGAAGAAGAUUACUUUAAUCGCAAGCAAGUUACUUGCGGAGAACCUGGAUCUUUGCAUGAUUACAGAGUUUUGAGAAAGUCAAAGCUAUAUAGAAUGGCACAAUCAAGAUACGAAGAAAUAUUUCCCAACUCGACAUUUAUUAUUGGAGAUUUUGCUUAUCCUUCUACAAACUGGAUUGUGUCACCUUACAAAAAUUAUGGGAAUUUAACCGAUAGUCAAAAAAAAUUUAAUGAAAAACACUCAUCUGCUCGUAUUGUAGUUGAGAACGCUUUUGGUUUACUAAAAACUCGUUUCCGAAGAUUAUUAAAAUUUACGGAGCAGACAAUUUUGGCUGCAAUAACAAAUAUAGUUGUAAGCGUUUGUAUUUUACAUAAUAUUUGUAUUAUAAAGGAUGAUUUGUUUGAGAAUGCUGAAUCAAAUAGUCAAAACAAUGACGAACAGCAAGCUGAUGAAGAGCAUGAAUUAGAUCAUGUUCAUUCAUAG